GGCUCGGCCAGCUCAGCCCCCUCAGCCGCAGCAGCAGCCACAAGUGCGGCCGCAGCGCUCGCCUGGCGCGGUGGCGGAGGCGCUGACAUGGAGCUGCGGGCCCCGGGCGGGCUUCUUCACCGCGCCCUCUGCGGGGAGCAGGGAAUAAUUCUGCUAGAGGGCUGACUUCAAGGACAUGAAUUGUUGACCUCAUCCCAACAUCAGCACCUCAGAUGUUAUUCUAAUUUUUGCAAACUGACCUUACAUGGGAAUAAACUUGAACUAAGGUCUGAUGGAAAUUCACUGUGACGUUCGGACCAAGAAAACUUGCUGAAAUCUACAGAGCCUUUUCUGCAUGGGCACUGAUGGUAGCCUCCAGAAGGUGCAGCCUCAGGUGGUCCCUCUUCUGUGGCAAGAAUAAACUUUGGGUCAUUGAUUGCAAUACCACCUGUGGAGAAAAUGGUAUGCGAGGGAAAGCGCUCAACCUCUUGCCCUUGUUUCUUCCUUCUGACUGCCAAGUUCUACUGGAUCCUCACAAUGUUGCAAAGAACUCACAGCCAGGAGUAUGCCCAUUCAAUUCGGAUGGAUGGGGACAUUAUUCUGGGGGGUCUUUUUCCUGUCCAUGCAAAGGGAGAGAGAGGAGUGCCUUGUGGGGAGCUGAAGAAGGAAAAGGGGAUCCACAGACUUGAGGCCAUGCUUUAUGCAAUCGACCAGAUUAACAAGGACCCUGAUCUCCUUUCCAACAUCACUCUGGGUGUCCGAAUCCUUGACACUUGCUCCAGGGACACCUACGCUUUGGAGCAGUCACUAACCUUCGUACAGGCAUUGAUUGAGAAAGAUGCUUCUGAUGUGAAGUGUGCUAAUGGCGAUCCACCCAUAUUCACUAAGCCCGACAAGAUUUCUGGUGUCAUAGGUGCUGCAGCAAGCUCCGUGUCCAUCAUGGUGGCUAACAUUUUAAGACUUUUCAAGAUACCUCAAAUUAGCUAUGCAUCCACAGCCCCAGAGCUGAGUGAUAACACCAGGUAUGACUUCUUUUCUCGGGUGGUCCCUCCUGACUCCUACCAAGCUCAAGCCAUGGUGGACAUUGUGACAGCCCUGGGAUGGAAUUAUGUGUCAACAUUGGCUUCCGAGGGAAACUAUGGAGAGAGUGGUGUCGAGGCCUUCACCCAGAUCUCAAGGGAGAUUGGUGGUGUUUGCAUUGCUCAGUCACAGAAAAUCCCACGUGAACCAAGACCUGGAGAGUUUGAAAAAAUUAUCAAACGCCUGCUAGAAACACCUAAUGCUCGAGCGGUGAUUAUGUUUGCCAAUGAGGAUGACAUCAGGAGGAUAUUGGAAGCAGCCAAAAAAUUAAAUCAAAGUGGGCAUUUUCUAUGGAUUGGCUCAGAUAGUUGGGGUUCCAAAAUAGCACCUGUCUAUCAGCAGGAGGAAAUUGCAGAGGGGGCUGUGACAAUUUUGCCCAAAAGGGCAUCAAUUGAUGGGUUUGAUCGAUACUUUAGAAGCCGAACUCUUGCCAAUAAUCGAAGAAACGUGUGGUUUGCAGAAUUUUGGGAGGAGAAUUUUGGAUGCAAGUUGGGAUCACAUGGAAAGAGGAACAGCCACAUAAAGAAAUGCACAGGUUUGGAGAGAAUUGCACGGGAUUCAUCUUAUGAACAAGAGGGAAAGGUCCAGUUUGUCAUUGAUGCUGUAUAUUCCAUGGCUUAUGCCCUGCACAACAUGCACAAAGAACUCUGCCCUGGAUACAUUGGCCUUUGCCCAAGAAUGGGUACCAUUGAUGGGAAAGAACUACUGGGUUACAUCAGGGCUGUGAAUUUUAAUGGCAGUGCUGGUACACCCGUCACCUUCAAUGAAAAUGGGGAUGCUCCUGGACGCUAUGAUAUCUUCCAGUAUCAGAUAAACAACAAAAGUGCAGAAUAUAAAAUCAUUGGGCACUGGACCAAUCAGCUUCAUCUAAAAGUGGAAGAUAUGCAGUGGGCUAAUAAUAGAGAACACACACACCCUGCAUCUGUCUGCAGCCUGCCCUGCAAGCCUGGGGAGAGGAAGAAAACCGUGAAAGGGGUCCCUUGCUGCUGGCACUGCGAGCGCUGUGAGGGUUACAACUACCAGGUGGAUGAGUCGUCCUGCGAACUUUGCCCUUUGGAUCAAAGACCAAACGUCAACCGCACAGGCUGUCAGCGGAUCCCCAUCAUCAAGUUGGAGUGGCAUUCUCCCUGGGCCGUCGUACCUGUGUUCAUUGCAAUAUUGGGAAUCAUCGCCACCACCUUCGUGAUUGUGACCUUUGUCCGCUAUAAUGACACACCUAUCGUGAGAGCUUCUGGGCGGGAACUUAGUUAUGUGCUCCUGACAGGCAUUUUUCUCUGUUACUCGAUCACCUUUUUAAUGAUUGCUGCACCCGAUACAAUCAUUUGCUCCUUCCGGCGGAUCUUCCUAGGACUUGGUAUGUGUUUCAGCUAUGCAGCGCUUUUGACCAAAACAAACCGUAUCCACCGAAUAUUUGAGCAGGGGAAGAAAUCUGUCACAGCCCCCAAGUUUAUUAGCCCAGCAUCCCAGCUGGUGAUCACCUUCAGCCUCAUCUCUAUUCAGCUCCUCGGAGUGUUCGUGUGGUUUGUUGUGGAUCCUCCUCACACCAUCAUUGACUAUGGAGAACAGCGGACACUAGAUCCUGAGAAUGCCAGGGGCGUGCUCAAGUGUGACAUUUCUGAUCUCUCGCUCAUUUGUUCACUUGGAUACAGUAUCCUCUUAAUGGUCACUUGUACUGUUUAUGCCAUUAAAACAAGAGGUGUUCCAGAAACUUUCAACGAAGCCAAACCUAUUGGAUUUACCAUGUACACCACCUGCAUCAUUUGGUUAGCUUUCAUCCCCAUCUUUUUUGGUACAGCCCAAUCCGCAGAAAAGAUGUACAUCCAGACAACAACACUUACUGUCUCCAUGAGUUUAAGUGCUUCGGUGUCUCUGGGAAUGCUCUAUAUGCCCAAGGUUUAUAUUAUAAUUUUUCAUCCAGAGCAGAAUGUUCAAAAACGCAAGAGAAGCUUCAAGGCUGUGGUGACAGCUGCCACCAUGCAAAGCAAACUGAUCCAAAAAGGAAAUGAUAGACCAAAUGGAGAGGUGAAAAGCGAACUCUGUGAGAGUCUUGAAACCAACACUUCUUCUACAAAGACAACAUACAUAAGCUACAGUAAUCAUUCAAUCUGAACAAGGAGCUGAAACCAUGUGAAAAAAUGUGGUGUGUGUUCUUUAGCAUUGAACACAAGACUGCAGAAACUCAC